GUUACAAUAGCCUCUGUAUUAUUAUAUUGAUGAUAUAAAUCAAACCUUUUAACCACUAACCUUUAGUAUUCAAAAUUUCAGUAAAUCAUUCAUAUACAACAAUCUGCAUUUUAAUAUUACUAUUAGAUAAUAUUAGUAAUUAUUUAUCGAAGAAAAAAAAAAUUGACAACGUCGGCACCCUUUGGCAUGAAUUAUCCUAAUUGCUUUAAGGUGAAUUUACACAUGUAUGCGUUUAGUGGCGCCAACGGUCGCGUCAGUUCUAUUUGCAUGCCAGUAAUAAAGGUUCAUACUACUGCUAAAACAGAAAUAUUUGUCAUGACAGUUUCAUUUUCAUAUAGUACGUAAUAUGUCAAUCGAACUUCGCGAAGCCUGCAAAACAGUCGCUAAAUUUUCAGGAGAAAAAAAAUCUCUACCAAACGAAAAGACCGUGUGUAAAUUGAAGCAAGUAUUGGCUGUCGACUUAUAUCCUGCAAACUACAAAAAUUAUCUUCGAAUGAAAAAACAACAUUUUGUAAUUUUUCUAGAUUGUGUGAAGUCACGUAUUAUGAAAAUGGACACUCAUCUGAGAAACGCGUUAACACCAUAAUUGAAAUUGGAAGUCAUAUUAAAAUAUCUUACAACAGGAGAUUCUUUCACUUCAUUGCAAUAUACAUUACAAGUAGAUCCGACUCUUCUUGCUGCAGACUGGAACGAAAAUUUCUGUCGUGAGUAUUUUUGUUAUUAUACGAAAGGUUUGAAUUUCGGCAUAGUGUUAUAUUCAUGACUGGCAGAGGCGGAAGGUGGUUGUAGUUGCUGAGCAUUACAUCAAAUGCUCCCAAAUCCAACCCAACCCAACCGUAUAAGAUAAGAGUGUAUGUACGCUAUCGAUUUCAAAGCGACUGUUUCCAGUAGCUUAUUCAACGAACAAACCACCGACCUCCCAAAACAAUCAAACUCAUUGUCCUCUUUUGUAUUAGGCUUUACAUAUAAUUUUUGAAAAAUUUCCUGUAGCCCUUGUAAAGUCUACUCAGUGCCACUUGGCAAUUUAGUAGGUUUAAAGUUAAUAUUUGAAACACUGGAUUUUUGGCUGCAAACGGAAGACCAUCUGAUGGACGAGUAUUUUCAAAAAGCAGUUUCUUCCACUUCCAAAAUGGAACAAUAGUAGAAGGUUUAUGGAGAGAAGAAGUACAAAGUGGCUCACUCAGAGAUUUAAGAUCAACUGCAGAUAGCCAGUCGUAACCAUUCGAGAAAUGCUGCGCAGCUCAGAAAUAAAUAAUCUGAUUGGUUUAUGGGUGAUGGGUCUGUCCCUUGGUAAAUGGAAAUGAUAAAUAAUUAAUAAUUUAAUGUUUUGGCUCCUGUUAAAACCGUGAAAAUAAAAAGAUCCUGGUUAACCGACAAUAUAGUAUUAAUGAUAAAGUUAAAAGAAAAUGCAUACAGUAGCUGCAAAAAUGCCUGAAUCUGAAAAUGCCUCUCAUUGGGAUUAUUAUAAACAGUUGCGCAAUUUAACGAAUAUAGGGUUAACAAUUAACAACGAAGAGAAGAAACUAAUGAAAAUUAAUACCUUUUUUUGUAAUUUUCUUUUUUAUAUAUUAACAUUUUUAUAAAAACAAUAAUAAAACUCUUUUGUUUCCGAAUUAUUUGCUUUUAAAACAGUCACUGUAAAUGAAGUAAAGGAACACUUAUUGGCCAUUGAGUCUCUUGCAGUGGUACCAGAUUUAAUUAAUAUUCAGAUGAUAAAAAUGUGGUCUCCGAAAGUUUUGCCUUUUAUUUGUCAUAUAAUUAAUUCAUGCAUUCUUGAAAAUAUCUUUCCCACUGCUUGAACAAUUGCCAAAGUAAAACCGUUACAAAAAAAAGGAAAGUUGCAGUUGAUUAUAAUGAUUUACGCCCAGUCAGCAUAUUAUCAUGUUUAUAAAAAAUGUUAAAGAGGGUAAUGAAUAAAUAAAUUAGACAACAUAUAAACAAAUUUAAUCUUCUGCCAGAACAUCAGUCAGGUUUCAGGACUGGGUAUAGCUGCGCAGCAUCUUUAGUAAAUAUAACCGAUGAUUUAUGUAGGGAAACUGAUAAAGCCAAUACCACCGCACUAAUCCUUUUAGACUACUCAAAGGCGUUUGACGCUAUUAAUUAUGAGAUACUGCUGUCCAUUUGACAUUUUGUUGGAUUUUCAGAGCAAGCAAUAGCUCUUUCAGAAAGUUUUUUAAAUGGGAGGAGCCAAUAUGUUAAAACGUCUUUGGGGCAGUCGGAGCAAGGUGCAAUUAAAAACGGGGUACUACAAGACUCAAUUUUGGGACCCCUUUUGUUUUCUAUUUAUACGUGUAAUAUUGCUUUAUGCAUUGAUCAUGAAACAGUUCAUCAAUAUGCCGAUGAUAAGCAAAUGUUAUAGUUUUUUAAACCAAAAGAAUAGGAACUUGCUGAAAAAUGUAUCGAAAAGGACCUAAAAAAUCUUGUUAAAUAUUCAGAAAAACAUAAUUUGCAAAUUAACCCAAAUAAAUCUGUGUUAUUAUUUUUUAGAAAGAACAAAAAUCAUGAUGCAAAUAAUUAUGCUUCUGAUGGAUACUGAUCUUCGUUUUGGAGAGCAUGUUAAUUUGAAUAUUAAGAAAGCGUAUGGUUCCCUAAGGUUGCUCUACUCACAUUGGCACUUGCUCCCCGUGCAGCAGAAAAUGCAACUCACAUGCAAUUAUUAUCACCAAAACACUUCUUUACCUUUUAAAUAAAAUUAGGUAUAGGACAGAUGUGCCAGAUGAACAUAAAUGUAAGGUUUAGAAAUUUAAUAACUCCACCAGAACAUACCACCGCAAUAUUUGAAAGGAGUUUUUCUUAUAACGUCUUUUGCUUAUACAAUAGACUCUCGCCUCAUCUUAAAAGCCUUACUGUUAACCGGUUUAAAAAACAUCUAAAGAUGCAGCUUUUUUUUUGUUGUUGUUUAUUUUAUUUUGUUCUUAUUAUUUGUAUCUUUGAACCAGUAAAAUAAAAAAUGUAAUCAAUUACUUAAAAGGCACUACUUUUCAACUAUUACAAUUUGUUAGUGUGUAUUAUUGAUAUACAUGUAAUUAUGUUCUAUUGUUGUCGUUUUUUUUCGGUUGGUUUUUUUAAAUGUCUUUAGUUUUGAAUUAUUUAUUCUUCCUUACACAUCUUACAUGGAUGUAUUAAUACCUAUUUCAAGUAUUCAUAGGAUGUAGAAUAUAUUCAGGUACUGAACCCGAACUUUUAUAAAUUGUCUUUCAGUUUCUUUUUAUGUUAUUCUAAUUUAACUAAGUUUAUUAUUUAUUAUUGUAACUCUUUAUAUUAAAUUAAUGCAAAUAAAUUUUAUUAUUAUUAUAAUCAAUAAAAUGUAAUAAAUAAAAUAAUUUGAACUCGCAAAGUUUCUGAUUUCGUUCUGAUUCGUUUCUCGACAAUCUUAACUUUUAUCAGAAAUACUAUCUAUAUACAUCCUAUAAGCACGUAAGAAGUAUACAAACUUUUUUGGACAAAUCGAUGUACACACGUGCAAAUUUAAUUUACUGGCGCACGAAUUUUUACUGGCGCAAUUAAAACGAUUCAUAUGUGAAUUCACCAUUAUGUACAGGCACUAAUAUGUUAUUUCGCCGGUCAGGUCAGGUGAUCAAUAUCGAUAAAUAACAUUAUCAAUAACGUGAUCAAUAACAAUCUCCUCAUUGGUUGGUUUGAUUUUGGAGAUGAAGUGGAUGUGGAAACCACAGUUUCUGUUCAGUUCGGUUGAAAUGGCGGAACAAAGCGCAAUUGUCAAUGAGCCUAAUGAGGGUGUUGCAGUUGAUGACCCUCCAUCAUCGGGGACCGCCACCCCUGCAGCGACCGCCGCCACCACCAAUGCCGCCCCUUCGGCGACCGCCGCCACCACUACUGCCGCCCCUUUGGCGACCGCCGCCACCACUGCCGCCCCUUCAGUGGCCACCCCUGAUAUACUUGGAAUGUUGGAGGCCCUGCAAGGGCAGGUCAACGCCUUAGUGAACCGGCCGACAGCAAGCAAUGACAGGAGACCUGCAAGGCGCCUCAUUGCCAGGGGGGCGGAUCAUGGCCGCGGUGGUCGCCGUGGACGAGGUGGACACCGCGGCCGUGGACGAGGUGGACACCGCGGCCGUGGAAACGGUGGCGGGUCCAAUUAUUUUUUUUAAUUUUAAUAAAUAAUUAAAAAGA